AUGGCGCAAGAGGAUGUGGAGCCGGAGGGGCGGGGAGGAGCACUAUCUGGUCAGGAUGCGUUGUACAUGACGAUGACGUCUGAGGUGCGUCAGGCGUCGAUGGAUUUGAUGAAGGAUCUGGAGUUUGGAUUUCCUCCGGGUGCAUUGGAGGAAGCUGCUCGGGAUCCUUAUUACUUUAUAGGUCGUCGUGAGAUGCCAUAUGUUAGUGAUAUGUUAGUGGAGCCGGGAUUGUGGCGGCGAUUGACGGAGUUAUUUUAUGGCGUUAAAAGGUACUAUGUGGAUUACGUGGUUGAAUAUGGAGGACAGAAGAGACGAGAGGUGGCAGAUCGGGUCCUCUUGUUGCGUUUGAAAUCAUCGUUGCGAAGUUGUCGUACAUUGCAGAUAGGGCGCGAUAAAUGGGAGAGUGACAUAACUCGUUGGAAAGCGAGUCAAUUAGGUCAGGGUAUAUUGCAGGCUAUGCUCGGUUCGUUGUAUUAUACCCAGGGUUUACUUGAGACGCAACGUUUAUUGGCAGCGGAAGAUGUUGUUGCAAACAUUGUCAAAGGUGGAACAUCAUGGGGAAGUGAUCGUCUUGGCUCAUGGGAUGCUAGACAUGGUCGUGCACUCACUAGGCAUUAUACUAGACAACUUAUUGGACAUCCCAGACCAUACCAUCUAGGCUCACUCACAUUCUUCGAUGUACUAUCCAGAUCACUUUACUUACAAGAUCAGAUACACCCACUCAAUCCAGACCUGAGCAAACUAUACACUAUACUCACACCCACGAAUACCAAAAAUGAGUACACCCACCCAUGGACCAUCUCGUCCAAAGACCAUGCAGAAACCGCCAUUGCUCUUCUCGGCAAAUGCAUAGGCGAACAACCCAACCUUGCCAAAUCCUGA